UUUAUAGUGAAGCAGCGCCAACCAUCUAUUCGUCGUGUAACUAUUUUGUCAAUAAGCUUUGUUGAACAUUUUUUGUAAAUAAAAUUUGUUAGGAUGUCUUCAAAUGAACAAAAAGCCCAGCAAUUAAUUGCUGAAGCUGAGAAGAAACUUGGGCCGAGAGGGUUUUUCGGCUCACUUUUUGGCGGAUCUAGCCGUGUUGAAGAUGCAAUCGAGUGUUACCAGAGAGCGGCCAAUUUAUAUAAAAUGUCCAAAAGUUGGAUUCAAGCCGGCAGUGCAUUUUGUGAAGCAGCAAAUCUGCAUUUAAGAAGUGGGGCCCGUCAUGAUGCCGCCACCAACUAUGUUGAUGCAUCUAACUGCUAUAAGAAAGCUGAUGUCAACGAGGCAGUAAACUGCCUGCUAAAAGCCAUUGAAAUAUACACAGACAUGGGGAGAUUUACAAUGGCUGCUAAGCAUCAUCAGAGUAUUGCAGAAAUGUAUGAAAGUGACGCAAUUGAUCUUGAAAAAGCUGUCCAACAUUAUGAGCAAGCAGCUGAUUACUUUAGAGGUGAGGAAAGCAAUUCAUCAGCAAAUAAAUGUUUGCUGAAAGUAGCUCAGUAUGCGGCCCAAUUAGGAAAUUACGAGAAAGCAAUAGAUAUCUACCAAGAGGUUGCCACUUCUGCUCUGGAAAGUUCAUUAUUAAAAUACAGUGCUAAGGAAUAUCUGUUUCGUGCGGCCCUGUGCCACAUGUGCGUUGACAUUCUAAAUGCCCAACAUGCAUUGGAACGUUAUAUACAAAUGUAUCCUGCAUUCCAAGAUUCAAGAGAAUACAAACUAAUUAAAACAUUAAUAGAACACUUGGAAGAGCAAAAUGUAGAUGCUUUUACUGACGCAGUUAAAGAGUAUGACUCAAUUUCGCGAUUGGAUCAGUGGUACACCACUAUACUGCUGAGGAUUAAAAAGCAUCUUAUUGAAAAUCCUGACUUACGCUGAGAAUUGAUCAUUAACAUUCUUCGGUUAUUAUUGUAAUAAAAGAAUUUAUAUUUUAUUUAUUGUUAAUUUAGUUUUAGGUUUUUUUUAACUCGCACCUGGAGGCCUGUAGUUUUUUUUUUUUUAAUUUGAUUUCAUUUAAAAGUUGGAAGGCUCACUUUGGUUUUGUUUGUGCUUGUAAUCGAAGGUGAUUAAAGACCACCUUUAUUAGUUUUUUUUUUUAUGUAAUGUGUGUUGACACUCUUUGUCCUACUGCCAGAUAAGGAGUUGGGAGGUGUUAUUAUUCCCAAAUGAAAAAAUAUUUUUACCUCUAGAAGUUUAAAUACCACAUUUUGUUCCCAAUGAAUUCAUUGUUUAUUUAGUGCAAAGUCUACUCUCUUAAGACCGUUUUCUUCGAUAUUCGGUAAGCUAGGUUUUCCAUUUAUUGCUCUUGUAGCUGAAUAAUAAUAUCGCAUAGAUCAUCACGCAUGUAAAAUUUUUAAUCUUAAUCUCGAAGGAAGCGCUAGACUUUUGUAAUUGUCUACAAAAAAAAAAUAGCAUUCACAUACUUACGAAAAUUUGUAUUGUUUUUGUAUGCAGUGUGUAAGAAACGCAAUUGUUAUGGAAAUGUAGAUGUAACCUUAUCAGUAACAGUGCGACAUUACAUUUAAAUAAUUAAUUCUACGACGAUAUCUUUUAAUAUGCUGUAUACUGGGGCAUAAUAAAUAAUAAAAUGCU